AUGAUGCACUUUCUCUCGCGCCUCACGUCGCCGCUGGCAUGCGUCGCGACGAGACGCUUUCCCACCGCAGCGUUGCAAGCGGCGCCGCCACGCCGCGUCGCCACGCCGCCCAUACCGUUGGCCGACAUUGCCUACACGCAAGCGACGGACGAAACACUCAACUUGUCGUGGACCGACGGCCACCACAGCUCGUUCCAUUACGUGUGGCUGCGCGACAACUGCCACUGCCCGCGCUGCCGCCAUCCCGUCGCGGAAGAGCGCCUCCACGACACGCUCGCGAUCCCCAUGGACAUUCAACCCGCGCGCAUCCAGGCGCUGCCAGCGUCCGAUGUGGGCGAGGCUAUGGUGCGAAUCGCAUGGGACGAUGGCCACGUCUCGCAGUAUCCCGUGUCGUUCCUCUUUGACAAUUGCUAUGCACGGCAGACGACGACGUCGUCCUCGUUCUCGUCGGCGCCGACCUUGUGGACGGCCGCCGACAUGGCGCGCGGCCUGCCACGCUUGCCGUACGAGCACGUCAUCGGGUCGGACCGCGGUCUUCUCGAGUGGCUCGAAGCGUUGGAUGCGUACGGGUUUGCGCUUCUCGAGGGCGUGCCAUGUGGCGACGACGACGCCGCGCGCUCGAUGGCCGAGCGCAUUGGCCUCGUGCGCAACACGUUCUGGGGCCCAACGUGGAGCGUCAAGAGUGAGCCCAAGCCCAUGAACCUGAGCAUGACGAGCGAGGCGUUGCACCCGCACACGGACUUUGGCUGGUCCGAGGCGCCGCCGGGGCUCCAGUUUUUGCACUGCGUCGCCUUUCAAUCCAAGGAUGCGAUCGGUGGCGAAUCGACGCUCGCGGACGGCUACGCGAUCGCUGCCCAGCUGCAGUCGUCGCACCCCGAGGCCUACCACCUCCUCUCAACGGUCGCCAUUGACCACUCCUUCUCGAGUGCGUCGCAGUGGUUUGAGCACAAGGCGCCGAUUCUGUCGCUCGACCCAACGACGGGCAGCGUGCGCGAGGUGCGCUUUAACCAAGCCAACCGGUCGCCGCUGCGGCUUCCACCGGACCUCGUCCGUCCGUACUAUGACGCGAUGCGGCUCUGGACCGCGGCGACGCGCGAUCCGACGCAUUUGCUGCGCUUUCGGCUCUCGGAAGGCGACAUGCUCGUCUUCAACAACCGCCGACUGCUGCACGGCCGGACAGGCUACAACGCGCAGGCCACGUGGCGCCACCUCAAAGGCUGCUACCUCGACGCCGAAGACUACAAAAGCAAGCUCACGAUGCUGCGCGGGCGGCGCAACUACUCGACCGAGCGCUACGUGCGCCCGCCGCCGCCGUCGCACUUGGAUCCUGGCUACGACGCCUUCUCGCCGUCGUUUGUGUCGGCGGCAUUGACCAACGUCCAGGACGUGAUCGAUGCAGGGACCACCUACGACGACGGCAGUAGCUUGCAGAAGGUCGCAGAGGCCGGUGCCGCGUCGUUUCGAACACUGCACGACGGCAAGAAGGCCGACUAUGUCUACCAGUGCUCGCUGUACGACCACGACAUUCAGGUUAACUUGGUGCCGCGACUGCUGGGGAUGCUCCAGAAGCUCGAAGGCGACCACAUUCGUCUUGGCACGGGCACCCAGGUGGACCUGCUCGAGCACAGCCUCCAGUGCGCAACGUUGGCACACGACGACGGCGCGGACGAAGAGCUCGUGGUGUGCGCGCUCCUGCACGACAUUGGCGAGCUCCUCUCGCCUUGCAACCACGGCGAAAUCGCCGGCGCGAUCCUUCGCCCGUACAUCAGCCCCGAGCGGUACUGGAUGCUUGCCCACCACGAGAUCUUCCAGGGGUACUACUAUUUUCAUCACCAGUUUGCGGACCACCCGCAGUUUGCCGCGACCGUCGACUUUUGCCACAAGUACGACCAGGCGGCGUUCGAUCCGGACGCAGACAAGUACGCGCUGUCGUUCUUCGAGCCGAUGCUGCGCCGCGUCCUCGCGCGCAAGGCCUACUUUUUCGCGCCCCACCACCCAAAGCUUGGCUGCGUCACGGGCACGUCCCUCACGUAA